AUGGUUCCUAUUAGUAUAAGUGACAAAUGGAUGCCACCACCAACUGGAUGGAUAAAAUGCAAUACAUAUGGAGAUUAUGAUGAUAUUUCUGGGAAUAAUGGUGCAAGCUUUGUGAUGGGGGACUUCACCAACACUGCUUCCUUUCGUGCCUCCAUUGUUUUUCAAGUUGAGUCUCCCGAAGAAGCUGAAGCCAGAGCUAUUUGGGAGGCCUUACAAAAAGUUGUGGAGAAAAAACUUACUCAUCUAAUCAUAGAAAGUGAUGCUCAGAGUCUAAUCAAUCAAUUUUCUGCUAGCGUGUUUGAUGGGAACUCUAGAACGAAUGCCAUCUUUAAGGAUAUCCAGUUUUUUUCUUCCAAGUUUGUAGCUUGUUUAUUUAUCUUUCAGCCACACACCUGUAAUUUUGUGGCUCAUGAACUUGCCCUUUGGGCUAAAACAAACAAUCCUACUAUGUACCGGUAUGUUCCUCCAAUAUGGCUGAUGCCUUUUGUUGAUGGGGAUCAUUAA